AUGAAGUUCAAGAAGGCCCAGAGACAAGGCAGGAAACCGCGAGCCCCGGCGCUAGAGGAGGAUUCGUAUGAUGAGGAUUUUGGGAUUGAGGAUGAACCCAUACAGCUCGACGGCCCAAAGCCCCUGCUCGACGACGGAGACGAAGCCGAGGAUUCAGAUGAAGAGCUCCGAGUGGCACUGAAAGAAGGUCUGCUCAAGUCGGACGCGCUCAAUUAUGUCAAGGAAAAACAGCGGCCGAUGAUCAAUUUGGUGGACCAGCUGAAAGCGAAGGCACUGAAGUACCAACCAUUGCCCUGGAUCGAGACGGUCGACGUGACGACGGAGGGCGGCUUCACAGAGGUGUCCGAGGAGAACGAUUUUGAGCGCGAGAUGCAAUUUUACAAACAAGCCGAGCAAGCAGUCCAACGCGUCGUCCCAAAGUUGUUGGCGAUGAAGGUGAAGGUAUUCCGCCCAACUGACUACUAUGCAGAGAUGGCCAAAUCUGAUGACCACAUGCAGAAGGUCCGAAAGCGCUUAGUGGACGCGCAGCAAGUGAAGGAGCGCCAGGAGGCGAUCAGGACGAUGCGCGAGGAGAAAAAAUACGCCAGCAAGACCAACAAGGCAGUCCUCGAAGCCCGGCAAAAGGAUAAGAAGGUGUUCAUGGAGACGCUGAAGAAGCAUCGCAAGGGAAUGAAGCAGCAGCUGGACGAUAUGCUCAGCAAUGCAAAGAAGAUCCAAUUCGAUGAUGAUGACGACGACAAACGCGUGAUGUCUCGUGGUGGCUCAAGAGGGGAGGUCGAUAGGACAAAGAGGAAGAUGAGCCGCAACACACGUGACAAACGCUUCGGCUUCGGCGGUAAGAAGAAGGGUUCCAAGCAGAAUACGAAACAGAGCUUCGACGACGUCAUCAAGCCCAGGGGCAGCAGAUCUGGCGGCGGCGGCCGAGGAGGCUUUGGCGGACGAGAUGGCCGGCUGGAGGCUCGAAAGUUUUCGAUUUUUACUGCUCGUCACGUUCCCGGUGGCAGCCUUUUGGAUGUUCAAUCAACCAGCGAUAUUCCAGAAAUUUAUGAAAAACUACAAGGUAGCCGACACGUCAUCCGGGGA